GUAUGGAGGCGUCACGUGACUGUCCAGUACUAAUGAUACCGUCGUUUGUUCAUCUGUGGCAACCACCCAGGGCCAGACGUCUGUCAGGUCGGAGGACAAGAGCAAGAGAGAGUGGCACAAGAAGAAGAAACAGCAGGAACACACACACAAAAAAAAGUCAGGAAACUACCACCCCGUCCUCAGCUUUACACUAACUUACCCACCGCCCGAAGGAUAACUCGAGUUUCAGGGGGCUGAAAGUAACGGCACGAUGAUGAUGACCCAGGUGGAGACCACGGUGCGCUAUGACAACGGCUACGAGGACGAGUACAUGAUGCAGGAGGACGAGUGGGACCGGGACAUGCUGCUGGACCCUGCGUGGGAACAACAGCAGAGGAAAACCUUCACAGCCUGGUGUAAUUCCCACUUGAGGAAAGCUGGGACUCAAAUUGAAAACAUUGAAGAGGACUUCAGGAAUGGACUAAAACUCAUGCUGCUGCUGGAAGUUAUCUCAGGAGAGAGGUUACCCAAGCCAGACAGAGGGAAGAUGCGGUUUCAUAAGAUUGCUAAUGUCAACAAAGCAUUGGAAUUCAUCACAAGCAAAGGAGUGAAACUGGUCUCCAUUGGAGCUGAAGAGAUUGUGGAUGGAAAUGUAAAGAUGACCCUUGGAAUGAUUUGGACUAUCAUCCUCCGCUUUGCCAUUCAGGACAUAUCAGUGGAAGAAACAUCUGCCAAGGAAGGUCUUCUUCUGUGGUGUCAAAGAAAGACUGCUCCCUACAGAAAUGUUAAUGUCCAAAACUUCCAUGUCAGCUGGAAGGAUGGCCUGGCCUUCUGCGCCCUGAUUCAUAGACACAGACCCGACCUCCUCGACUACUCUAAGCUCAACAAGGAUGAUCCUCUGGGGAACCUGAACCUGGCCUUUGACAUAGCUGAGAAACACCUGGACAUUCCCAAAAUGCUGGACGCAGAAGAUAUCAUCAACACCCCCAAACCUGACGAGAGAGCCAUCAUGACCUAUGUUUCCUGCUUUUACCAUGCAUUUGCUGGAGCCGAGCAGGCGGAGACAGCUGCCAACAGGAUCUGUAAGGUGCUCGGCGUAAACCAAGAAAAUGAGAAACUAAUGGAGGAGUAUGAGAGACUGGCCAGUGAGCUGCUGGAGUGGAUCCGUCGCACCACUCCCUGGCUGGAAAACCGAACCCCAGAGAAGACCAUGGCAGAGAUGCAGCGGAAGCUGGAGGACUUCAGAGACUACAGACGCCAGCACAAGCCCCCCAAGGUGCAGGAGAAGUGCCAGCUGGAAAUUAACUUCAACACCCUGCAGACCAAGUUGCGCAUCAGCAAUCGCCCUGCCUUUAUGCCCUCUGAGGGGAAGAUGGUAUCUGACAUAGCCAGUGCAUGGCAGGGCCUGGAGCAAGCAGAGAAAGGCUACGAGGAGUGGCUUCUUACAGAGAUCCGUAGGCUCGAGAGGCUGGACCACCUGGCAGAGAAAUUUCGCCAAAAAGCCACUAAUCAUGAGAACUGGGCCAGCGGUAAAGAACUGAUCCUCUCCCAGAAGGACUAUGAAACAGCAACUCUAACAGAAAUCAGAGCGUUGCUACGAAAACAUGAGGCCUUUGAGAGUGACUUGGCAGCCCACCAGGACAGAGUGGAGCAGAUUGCUGCCAUUGCUCAGGAACUAAAUGAGCUUGACUACCAUGAUGUUGCCGCUGUGAACCAACGCUGCCAGAGCAUCUGUGACUUGUGGGAUAAGCUGGGGACCCUGACUCAGAAGAGGAGAGAGUCACUGGAGCGCACAGAUAAGUUGCUGGAAACUAUUGAUCAGCUGUUCCUGGAGUUUGCCAAGAGGUCAGCACCUUUCAACAACUGGAUGGAAGGAGCUAUGGAGGAUCUGCAGGACAUGUUCAUAGUUCAUACUAUUGAAGAGGUCCAGAGUCUAAUCGCAGCUCAUGAGCAGUUCAAAGCUACUUUACCCGAGGCGGACGCAGAGAGACAGGCCAUCUUGGGAAUCCAUAAUGAGGUGCUGAAAAUUUCCCAGAGCUACGGGAUCAAGGCCAACAUUGUUAACCCUUACAGCACCAUCACAUUUGAAGAGCUUCUCAACAAGUGGGAAAAGGUUAAGAAGCUGGUUCCCCAGAGAGAUGGUGCCCUCCAGGAGGAGAUGGCACGUCAGCAUACCAAUGAAAGGCUGAGACGGCAGUUUGCUGCCCAGGCUAAUCUCAUUGGACCCUGGAUACAGACCAGGAUGGAGGAAAUUGGGCGCUGCUCCCUGGAGAUAGGAGGCACCUUGGAGGACCAGAUGACCCAGCUGAAGCAAUGUGAACAUGUCAUUGUUGCUUACAAACCCAACAUUGAUAAAUUGGAGGGAGACCACCAACUAAUCCAAGAAUCGCUUGUGUUUGAUAACAAGCAUACCAACUACACUAUGGAGCACAUCCGUGUUGGAUGGGAGCUGCUCCUCACAACCAUCGCCCGAACCAUCAAUGAGAUCGAGACCCAGAUCCUGACCAGGGACGCCAAGGGCAUCAGUCAGCAGCAGAUGAAUGAGUUCAGAUCUUCUUUUAACCACUUUGACAGGAAGAAGAACGGAGCAAUGGAAACUGAUGACUUCAGAGCCUGCCUCAUCUCAAUGGGUUAUGAUUUGGGAGAGGUGGAGUUUGCCCGGAUUAUGAUCCUGGUGGAUCCCAAUGGCACUGGGAUUGUCUCCUUCCAGUCUUUCAUUGACUUCAUGACCAGAGAGACUGCUGAUACGGACACUGCUGAACAGGUUGUGGCAUCCUUCCGGAUCCUGGCAGCUGAUAAGCCCUAUAUACUUGUGGAUGAGCUGAGGAGAGAACUUCCCCCUGAACAAGCAGAGUAUUGCAUCAUGAGGAUGCCACCUUAUGCCGGACCUGGCGCACCACCAGGGGCGCUAGACUACACUGCCUUCUCCACUGCCCUCUACGGAGAGAGUGACCUUUAACCUGACCAGAACACCUUUUAAUCUACUGAGCGUUUACCCGUCCCCGUACCUCCCCACUGCAGUCCUACCCUGCCCUCCAUCCCUUGAUGAAAUUAAGGAAUCAACAAUGCAAGGUGUAUCGAACGUGUUGAAUUAAAUGAAAGUUUUUAUUGAUAAGUUUUCUGACACAGUAGGCUGUCUGCAAUUGUGCUGAGCAUUGUCAUUACUUGGUAUUCUUCCUGCGUCCUUUUGUUUAAAACAUGCCCCUCUAAAGAAACAGAAACUGCCCUGAUCAAAUUAUAUUGGAAAACAAUGCAAUUUACUUUAUCACUUGUGUUGUUAUUUGAGCAGAAAAUAGAAUUUUGCACUAAAGGUAAACAGAAGCGACAAAGAUACAGAUCAUUUGGUAAAAGUCAUACACCGAUGGGAUAAUUUUAUUUCAAUAGUCUAUCAAUUGAAGAUAACAGUCCCAUUUUGUCUUGCAGAGUUGUGUGUUGUUUUCAUGUUUCCUCACUAUGCCUUUUGUUUUGGGAAUAAAAUGUUCUGAUAAGGCAUUUUGAGAUGGUUAAAGUGAAUUACAGUUUGCAAAAGCAAUUUCCAACCCAUUGCCAUCCAUCAAUAAACAGCGGGUUCCCAAAACGACAAAAAUAUGCAGCACCAGCGGUGGAAAAAAUGAGAAGUCGCAUGAAUGCUAAAGUAAAUGUUUACAAUUGCCUGGUGCUUUAAGAGGUAGAAAACCCAGAGGAUUAAAUGUGUCGUGUUCAUGAGGGAUGCAAAAUUCAACCUUUUCUCUGGCAGGAACAAAUAUGCUCAUGCUUACAUGUGCCUGGAAGUGUGUGUCUGUGCUAAAAAGCAAAGAACAAAUACACAAGAACAUGAAACUCAAAUGUAACACCAAGGUGAGACCUCCUUGAUGUCGUCACGGAAAAUUAUGGAUUAAAAAUAGAAGUGUGUGUGGCAGUGGCGUACAUGUAAAGCCUUCAUUUACAUUUUAUUCUAAUUGUGUUCUGAGGUAAGCUGCAGUAGACACAAGGGAUCUUAUUUGUUUUUUUAAAUACCUGUAUAGAAACCUCUACUAUGGUCAUGUUUUUGUGAGUACUCUUAACAUCCUGUACUCAUUUUGUGAACUGUAGCAUCUUUUUAACAUUUUAGGUACAUGUAAGCAUUUUUUCAGUUGUUUCUGCUUCAGGGCGUUUUAAAGAUAUUUCUAUAAAUCCCUUAUUUAGCCAUGUAUGCCAUUAUGUGCUGGCUAAAUAUCUUUACUUGGUUUCCCAAUUUCUCCUUGACACAUUUGAAGUCCUAAUGUUAAAAUAAUGCAUACCUCCAUGCUGAUUUCUCAUUUGUCCUCUUCACACAGUGAUGAAGAAAUGAUAAAUACUUAUCAUCCUGUCAUCCACAAAAUACUUAAAUAUCCAGUAGUUGCUAUGAUUUCACCAAAAUGUGCUGGUACAUGCUGAAAACACUUUACACCAAAAAUGAAAAUUACUUACGAAACAAUCUUUGGGAUGCUGUUGAUGAAAAACAAUGAAAGAUCAAAAAAAUUUUGUUCUUGAUUUUGCCCCUAGAAUUUUCUGAGAAGGGCUCAUCGGCCAUUUUGCACAGCCUCAAAUCACUGGCGUAAACUAGAGUCCCUACAUUAUCAGAGUAUCGACCCGACGGGUCCAAAAAAUUUUGGUCACGUGAUCUAUAGGCGCCAUUUUGUUUCCUAUUCAUGAACGCCGGGUUUUCCUGUUGACGUUGUUUACACUGCAGAGAGUAAUUCUAGGUCCUUUUUCGCUUCUUAAAUAGCUGAAAAAUGAUGGGCUGUUGUGCCUUUGGGUGCGCAAAUCGAUCGGAGAAGGGAUUCCACAUGUUUAGAUUUCCCAGUAAUAGUGAAAGAAGGAAACUGUGGGAAAAUAAGUCCGGAGAGUGGGAUGGAAACCGACUUCAUCGUUUUUGUGCCAGGUUAGUCCCAUGUAUGUACUUUCAUGUUAUGAUGUAUGGGUGAAUGACAGAAACGUUUGAUGUGAUUUUAGGCAGUUGUGGUUAUUUUGACUUUGACCAUUUUCAUGCAUGGAGAUGCAUGAACCCCGUUAAACUUAAGCGGCCCGUAUGUGCAAACGUAUUUUGCUAAAUUGACCGAAGCUGCAAACUCGAUGAUAGAAACAUUAUACACCCAUGAAAAGCUUAGAUUCUCAUGAAUCCGCCGGUAUAAACCACUUUCAGAUGUGAUUACCACAGCGGGUAAUAUAAACACAAUUGUCCAAUAAAUAACGUAAACAGCAAAACUCACCUUUGAAUCCUCAUAACUAGUCACAGAUGAAAAUAUUCCACAAAAAACGGCCAUAAUCCAACCUUGGACAUCCAGACAAAACAAGCCAGUAAAAUAUUUUGUCCAAAAUAUGUCUUGAAAACAGUAAAAAAUCCACAAAUAGCUAGCUUUCGUGAAUGUGCACCUCGCGCUGCGCGUCCCAUAUUGAGUGAAUGGAAACAAAAUGGCUUCAAAUCCCCAGUUGUCGCUACUCUGAUAAUAUAGGGACUCUAGAGUAAACUAUUAUAAUAGUCUAUUAGAUGCAAGUAAGAGGUGAGAAACUUUUUAAUUUUAACUUUGAUUUGUUGUAUUUUGGUAACAAAAUGAAGAUUCGCUGAAUUUGCUGGCUCUGUUAUCUAAUUCAGGAUUAUGCAUUCAUUAAAUA